UAGAUAAAUAGGUUUAAUAUUUCUUUUACUACCUAAGACUUGUGCACAGUACUGUACAUAAGAAAGGAGUGCAAGGCAAAGCUUGUCUCAGUCAGCCCUGAAGCAGGGAGGGAGGGGCUGCUGGGAAAUGGAGGUAGCCUUCCUGUAAAUCGCCUCCAGCCAAUGAGAACGCCAGCUCAUACCCAGCUUAGCUGGCCGAGUGCCAGCCGGAUCAGCAGACACAGAAACGAGGACCGUAGCGGGGAAAAGAGAGAAGCUGAGUUAGGCAGGGGGAAGAGGAGACUCUCUACUGAGGAAGCAGGAGCAACGCUUAUGAAGAUGCUUCUGUAAAAGCCACAGGGAGGAGAAAUGGCUGUGCGGAACAGGAUCCUCAACUCAACUAUGCCUUUCACUGGGGGCCACAAGGAGCACAGUGGCCUGUUUGCAGUGGGUUCCAGCCUAAAGCAGGUGACAGGCAGUGAGGAGAAGAGGUGUGAGGUUGACCAGCAGCCCAGCAAGAUUCCUCCCCUGCUGUCUAAAGUGUUAAUGCGCGGCACUGCUGAUCACAUAAGUGCCGGUCAGCUGAUCCAGGAGAAAUUGUCACUCUUCAUCGCUCAGGCAGAAUGUGAAGGACAACAAGAGUUCAGCCCAAGCUCCUGGGAACGCCCCUAUGUUGCCUCUCCAAGCUGUUUCCAGAGCAGGGUCUCGGUAGAGCACAACAAUGUGGCCUGUAAGGAGAGUGCCACAGAACGGCCAAGCCCUCAGGUCCAGCAGCACUCCAGGAGAAAGACAAAAGACAGAAGACAGCGACGGAGGAAGCAGAAUGUGAAGAAGGGGCCGAGGCAGAGGCAGAGGCAGAGGACACCUUCAGGAGUCCCAGAGCAGGAGAGCAGCAGUGCUUUGCAGGUGAUCCAGAAGGAAGAAUCGGAGUGUAUCAGCAGCAACAGCAGAACCAGCAUCAUCUACAACGACAGCACCCACACUUUGGGGAUACAGGAGACGGCGGAGCUGCAAUGGGAGGGACAGAUCAAGCCUGUCUACUCUUCCUCAGCUCAAAUCCGGGGUCCCUCAUCCUCAACCCUGCCUUGGGGCUCUACGAGCCACAGCGCCCUCCCGAACCUGUCCUUCUACGGCCAGGAGUGCAGCUCUGGCUCGGACUCGCCCCUCUGCUGCAGCCUCGCUCUGCGUGGUCUCCGUGGGAGUGUGAGUCAGGAGGACCGCUGCUUUGCCCCUGCCUUUUACCGAGGGGUGGAACGGGAAGCAAAGACUGACAGCGAAGGCGCUACAGCCAAUGUCAAGAUCAAUGAGGGUCUCCUCUUCCACCCCGAAGAGAAACUCCAGCCCAACGAUUACGAGUACCGUGAGAACAAGGACUAUUUGGUGCUGAACCACAUUCAAAACGGCUCUUUUGGUGAAGUGUUCCAUGUACGGGACUUGAGGACCAGCUUCGAAUGCGCCGCCAAAAAGAUACCCCUGGACUGCUUCAGAAGCGAGGAGGUGGGCUCGUGGAGCGCCCUGACCUCCCGGCGGGUCGUCGAGCUUUUCGGGGCUGUCCGCGAGGGUCCCUUUGUGGUCCUUUUCAUGGCUCUUAAAUCAGGUUCUGUGGGAAAGCUGCUGAAGCAGAGAGGGCGCCUCCCGGAGGACCUGGCCCUUCACUACCACUGCCAGCUUAUGGAGGCCGUCGAGGACCUACAUAGGAAAAGAAUCAUGCAUCUAGACAUCAAAGCAGACAACAUGCUCUUGUCAGAAGAUGGGAAGGACACGUACCUCUGUGACUUUGGACACUCUCAGAGGCUGGAGCAAAAUGCGAAAACCGCCAGGAUCUCUGCAGGAGAGGAGUUCCCGGGCACGGAGAGCCACAUGGCCCCUGAGGUGGUCAGGGGGGAGGCUGUCGACUUCAAGGCAGACGUGUGGAGCGGCUGCUGCGUGCUCCUGCACAUGCUGACUGGCUGCCCGCCAUGGACGCGGUACUACAGCCACCCGCUGUGUCUGACGAUUGCCAAUGAGGCGCCGCCAUUAAGAGAAAUCCCACAUGACUGCAGGCCUGAAACUGCCGAUGUAAUCAAGGCGGGACUUGUUAAAGAUCCAAUCAAAAGAGCCUCCGCCAAAGAGUUAAGAGAGAAAACUAUGAGAGCCCUGCAAGAAGUGGGUGGACUCACCAGCCCAGUCCAUGGAGACUAUCGGGAGCCAGAGAAAAGCGAGCUCAUGGAGAGCUCUAGGGUGGCAUCCAGGUCCAUCCCAUCCGGCCUGCUCACUUCAGACAAGGCCCCGUUGAAAGAGCACUUUGAGCAGGUGCUGCAACCUCUAAGAUCCCGGAGGAAGAAGGUGCAUGUGGAUGACAGCGUAGAGGAGAAGGACAAUGCAGUAUUGUCUCCUUCGUCUCCGGAACCUCUCGUCUCGCUGCAGGCCAAGGAAUCCGGACACCAGAAGAACAAGCGGCCUGAAACUGUCCUCACGCUGCCUGAGCAGGAGCUGCAGAAGCUGGAGAGAGACUUCUACCUGAGCAGUCUGUCCCAGCCACACUCCCCCGAGCUCCAGGAACAGAUGCUAUCCUGUCUCAGUAGCAGCUUUUCCUCCUAUACUGUCCCCGCCCCCGGUGACAAGGACUUGGUCAGGUGGUCGGUCAGCAACAGCGACGACCUCAGUUCCGGGGUCUUCUCUUACAACAGCCAAUCAGAGGGACAGAGGAGCUUCAGCAAGGACUGGUUGGGGUCCUCCAACUGGCCAACACCACGCUGUUUUGAAGGGGUGGACGUGUAUAUCGAAGACCUUGAAGGCCACUGUCUGAAAAUCCGUGAGACCCACAAAGUGAAAGUGGGACACAUCGCCAUAGGGAUCAGCGAGCAGAUCUCAGAGCAGACCUUCAGCUUGGAGACCCAGGACGGGCAGCUGGUUUCGCCCGAUGAGGAGGUGCAACAUUCGGGCCUCUACCUGUGCUGUACGCGAGCUCCCAACUGCAGCGACAGCUGGACCUGGCGGGUCAGGGAGGGGAUGCUGGAAACACGGAACUGAGCCAGCCAGCCCGCCACGCCUCGAUGGUCACCAUGGCAUCGUCCACAUUGCUGUUCCUGGUCUGACAAAGAUCUUUGAAUAGAUUUAUCUGAACAUUGCUGUAAGUCAGUUGUGAAAACAUCAGCUUAUGUGAACUGUAUCCCAUUGUAAAAAUGUGAAAAUAAUGUAAACUAUCAGGUUCUCUUUUAAGCUCAGCUACCCAUCACAUUUUAGAGCAAGUGGGCAGGGUAGGGGGUGGGGGUGCUGGGAUAUUGCAGGGCAGGCAGAUAAGAACGGAAGCGGGUGGGGGCACGGAGUCUUAUCUCACUGCCGCAGAGCUGACACCACCUAAGGGCUGAGACCCUAUAUGGUCAAAUUUGAACAGAAUGGACUUGACUGCCUCCUAGUGGCAGCUCCUGGUUUGACGUUAUGACAGAAAUCCUUCCCCCUGCUUGUUCCCUGCCUGCCUCUUAACCGAAGAUCUCUGAUGAAGUUCAAGCAGAAAUAAAGCACCUGACCAUUUCUGUGAGAAUCCAAGCAGAGAAUGAAAUUAAUUCUAAUUCUUCAUAUGGAAAAAACCACUCUAUUUUACAGUCGUGUCAAGUCGUAUUUUUUUGUAAUUAGUUGUAGCCACUAUGUAUAUUACUGCCAAUAUUUCUUCUUUGUGUCAAAGGAAUUUCAGGUACCCAUCAAAUCAACAAACGGUAUUUAAAUGAUACAGUAAAAAUAAUCAAACAA